GGCCACAUCGCCACGACAUGACGUCAUCAACAGCGCGCGCCUAGCUGGCGCCUGCGCUCCCCCCUUUCAUUCUGCGUUGUACUGUGUUGCCGCGUGGUUGUGCGAAAAAUUAAAAUGUCCGACUCGGAGACUUUUGACACGGAUAUGUUUAUUGAGGAGAUUCGCAAUUUGCCAUGCAUUUGGGAUCAAAGGACAGAGGAGUAUUCCAAUCGCAUAUUAAAAAACAAAGCAUGGGAAACCCUUUGCAUGAAGUUUUAUGAAGAUUUUGAUAAUAAGGAAACAAAAGAAAAAAACCAGUGCGCUGCCAACUUACAAAGAAAAUGGAAAAGCUUAAGAGACUCUUUCAACAGAGACCUUAAAAAACAAAAUUCACAGAGAAGCGGUUCAGCAGGUAGUUCAAAGAGAUACUACUACUUUAGUCAAUUAUUAUUUUUAAAGCCAUUGUCUGAAAAUCGAAAUACAACAUCGUCUCUACCAGUACAAAACAAAGACGAUGACAUCGAACAAAUCGAUAAUGAAGACGAUAAUACUACUGAAACGAGUGACUCUGAAGUUUGGAAGAGACCAAAAAAUAUCCAAAGAAAAAAAGAUGAUGCAGAAUAUGGGUUAAUAAAAAAAAUAACAAGUCAUUUGAGCGAUCAAGUAACUGCACAUACAAGUAACUACACUACACAGGAACGUGACAAGUCCUGUGACAGUGAUAUGCAUUUUUUGCUAUCUUUAUACGAUAGAAAUAUUGAAUGUAAUUCAAAAAUAUCAUACACCUACAACUACACGUAAUGAUAAUUACAGUGAAUAUGGACAGGGGUAUACGACACAAGCGUACCAACCGUACGAACGACCAUCAACGUCUAGGUAUCGGCCGGAUAUGGAAACAGGCUCUCCACAGCUUCGCAAUUUGCGUACUGCAUCCACACCAAGAGAUAUUUCAGUACCAGAAUCUCCACUCAGCGUCUCUUCUCAGGCUUCAAACUAUAAUGAUCCGAUUAUAACGGAUAUUUUCGGAGAUUAACUGAUUAAUUACCUACUCUGUUGAU